CUGGCUUCUCCCCACGGGUCUAUCAAUCUCAACCUCGACAAUGUCACCGCGUAUGAGAUGACCAAAAGCUACACGCUCUGCCAAGACGCAAUGUCCUACUACAGCCCCGAGGAUGACAAUUUCAUAAUGUGCGAUCUCAUGACCAAUACCCCCUGGUACAGUGAAUGGGAUCGCGUGUGUGACUUGGUUCUAAGCCAGCCGACCCCUGCCAUCCCCUUUCAAUACGAGCAUCCCCCUGGUCACUGGCAGCGAGACGGCGACGGCUUCGACUUUGGGCGAUGCCGCCGCGGGCUCAACCUCAACGAUUGCGUCUGCCUCUCAUACGGCGACUUCGACCAGCCCCUCGGCCAGCACCACUGUCACGUCUACCACCACAACCUCUGCCGCUACGGCCACGGACGGCACGUGUGGCGGAACUACGGGGUACACGUGUGAGCAAUCUGCCU